AUAUAUCAGUUGUGCUCCAGUACACGAGUUUCAUAAUAUCAAUUGAGAAAGAGUGAGAGGGGGAGAGAGCGAAACUGGAUACAUACAUUUUAUUAAACAUUAUGAAAUUCCUAAAAAACUCUGACCAUAACAUUGGGGACCCCCGGCUACCAACGGGUUUAAUGCAAUGCAGUGACUACACGAUUUGGCCAAAGGUUCCACUGGGCCCGGUGCUCAGCGUGAUCCAGCGAGAGCACGAUGGCGUUGAGGUGAAGGUGCUGACCGAGCUGCUUAUACUGGACGAGGCGUACAGGGGCUACUUCAAUGAGUGGCUCAAAGAGCUGGGACUGCAGCGCAUGGCCGCCGAGAAGCUGUGGCCAUUGACGCGCGACUUUUCCAUAAAAUCGGAUGUCGCCUGCCGGAGGCCACUGCCGCGCUGCGUGGAUGCUGACGAUGUGAUCAUUAACAAGUACCAAUUGCACUAUCAGAUCAUAUUGGGCUCCAAUCUGGCCAUGAAUCGUGGCAUUAGCGGCAUACGUGCUAAUCUGUUGGCCUUUCGCCGCGAGUUCAACAAACUGGAUCUAACCGAGCAGACGCCCUUUAUACUGGGCGAUGCAUUCCACAAGCCCAUCAAGUUCUUCGCGGAACUGGCGGACGAGCUGUUCAACUAUUUCUAUAGUCAUUAUCUGAAGCUGGAUUGUGGUGCGCGCCAUUUGGAUCCGAGCGAUUUGCAGUCGCUGGAGAACUACCAGAAGAUGCUGGUACCGUGCGAGGAGUUCGAGGAGUAUCUGGUGUAUAAUCUCAGCUACUGUCACUGCCUGCGUCCGACGCAGCCCUGUCCCGAGCACGUCAAGCCCCAGCAAAAGUCGAUGGAAAUCCAAGAUGCUCAACGUCACGCCCUGCUGAGUCGCUGCCGACAGCGUCUGUCUAAGAUGACGAGAAAAACUGAAGAAUCCAUUAACGUUAUCCAACAGUCCUUGCUCAAUAGCGUCGAUCUGGAACAUGAGCUGCGCAUGAACCAGCUGACCACUCGGCUCGCACAGUUGCGCGAAGGCCACUCGGUCCGGAAUUUGGGGCACGAGCGUAAUCUCGUCCAGCAAAUGAUAUACGCUCUGAGCCCCUCCCUGAUGCCGACCACAUUCCAUCCACAGACAUUCUCACCACCUACCUUAAAUCCCUCGCAUCCCACGCUUCCCUAACAUACCUAUCCUUUCGCCAGUUACCAGCAAAUCCAACAAGUUGAUAUCGUGCUCGGAACCCGCCCAAAAUGGAAUUUAAUAAAUCUGCAAACUACAAAUUACAAACUGUAAAUUACCGACCCCCAAUAAAUAUGCACCCCCAUGGCAUGCUCAAAGUAAAA